AUGGCCGACAUCCCAAAGAAAUACAAAGCCGUCGUCUACGAUGCACCGGGCAAGAUCUCCACGAAGGUGGUCGAGCUCGACACGCCAGAGCCAGGACCAGGAGAGGUCCUCGUCAACUUGACGCACUCCGGUGUCUGCCACAGCGAUCUGGGAGUUAUGACGAACCGCUGGGCAGGUCUGCCAUAUCCCACACAGCCUGGCCAAGUCGGAGGCCACGAGGGCAUUGGAAAGGUGGUGAAGCUGGGCCCAGGAGCCGAGCAGUCCGCUGUGAAGGUUGGAGAUCGUGUGGGAAUCAAAUGGAUUGCCGCUAUCUGCGAUUCGUGCCCAGCUUGCUUGAGCGGACACGAUGGUGUCUGUUUCAACCAGAAGAUCAGUGGAUAUUACCACCCAGGCACUUUCCAGCAAUACGCCAUUGGCCCAGCCUCCUACGUGACCCCUAUCCCCGAGAGCCUCCCCAGCGAUGCCGCCGCACCCAUGCUCUGCGCCGGUGUGACGGUCUACAGCGCCCUCCGAAAGUCCAGCGUAAAAGCAGGAGACUGGGUAGCCAUCCUCGGUGCAGGAGGCGGGUUAGGCCACCUCGCCUGCCAAAUCGCCUCGCGCGGCAUGGGCCUCCGCGUAAUCGGCAUCGACGCCCCAUCCAAAAAAGAAAUCGCCCUCUCCUGCGGCGCCGAAGUCUUCAUCGACCACACCCAAGGCAAAGCCGAGGAAGAAGUCAAAGCCGCCACCGGCGGCCUGGGCGCACAAGCGGUCCUCGUCCUCACCGCCGCCAACGCCGCCUACGCCUCGGCCAUGACCCUGCUCAAAUUCGGCGGCACCUGCGUGUGCGUCGGCCUCCCCGAGGGCGAACUCAAAGCCAUCGCGACGGCGUACCCGCAGUUCCUCGUGGCGAAGGCGCAGACGAUCCGGGGCGUCGCGGUGGGGGAUCGGAGGGAGGCGAUUGAGACGUUGGAGUUUGCGGAGCGGGGGGUCGUCAAGACGCAUUUUCGCACGGCCAAGAUGGAGGAGUUGACGGAGGUGUUUGAGCAGAUGGAUCGGGGGGAGUUGGUGGGGAGGGUUGUGUUGGAUUUGAAUGCUUGA